AUGGCGAUUAUUCUAAACUCAAAUUCUAUUCAAGAAAAUUCAGAAAUUAAUCAUCAAAAUAAUGCCUUCACCUCUACUGAUAUCUCAAUUUUCGAUUCAUAUCCAGAUCAUUCAGAAUUAACGAUUUCUGAUGGAGAAACUGUUGAGUAUAUUCCAAGGAAUUAUACUGUUGGGAAGGAGAUUAAGACUGAAUUUGGUUCAAGAUGGAUUCCAGAGUGUGCUGAUGAGAUUAAACCUUCAUUAGGCAUGGAAUUUGGUUCAAUUGAUGAAGCAUUCAACUUCUAUAGUCAAUAUGAAGGUUCCAAACGUAACGGAAGAAGUGAUUCUAAGCAAAGUAGAAAUAGACCAACUCAAAGGACUAGUUGUGAAGGUUCCAAACGUAACGGAAGAAGUGAUUCUAAGCAGAGUAGAAAUAGACCAACUCAAAGGACUAGUUGUGAAGCUUGUAUUCGUAUAGUUUUUAAUGCUGAAGGUAGAUAUUCCAUUUAUCAUUUUGAGGAGAUGCAUAAUCACUUUCUUGUGCAUCCAGAUUUUCGUAAGCAUCUUAAGUCUUGUAGAAGUUUGGAUUAUUCAAAACAAGUCUUGUUGCAUCAUUUGAUAGAUGAGGCUAGUAUAGGACCUAGUGUUGGGUAUAGAAUACUAACUAAGAUUCAUGGUGGACAUGAAGCAGUAGGUGCUUCAAAGACUGACGCUUCAAAGACUGACUGUAAGAAUUGGAAAAGGAAGUACAAUUCGUAUAUUAGUGAAGCAGAUUCUCAAAUGAUGGUUAACAUGUUGAAGCAAAAAAAAGAAUUUUUAGAAGAUUUUAGCUUUGAAUAUUUCACUGUGAAUGAUGGGGAGUUGGCAGGUCUCUUUUGGGCAGAUGAAGUUUCUAAGUUGAAUUACUAUGCAUUUGGGGAUGUUGUAUCUUUCGAUGCAACUUACCGUACUAACAAGUACGAUAUGGUAUUCAUUCCAUUCACAGAAAUUGAUAAUCACAAAAAGUGUGUUACAUUUGGAGCUGGAAUGCUUGCUAAAGAGGAUAUUUCUUCCUAUAAAUGGCUCUUGAAUGAAUUCAAGAAUGCAUUUCCUCGUGAACCCAAAGUUGUAUUGACAGAUCAAGAUCCACCCAUUAAAGUGGUUGUUUCUGAUGUGUUUAAAACGGCUAGACAUAGAUUAUGCAUGUGGCAUAUCAUGGAGAAGGUGUCUGUAAAGGUUUCUCACAGUAUUCUUAAGUCUGGAUUAAGAGAAUGGCUUCAUGUUCUUAAAAAGUAUGAUGCUAAUGAAAUUAAGUGGUUGAAUGACAUGUAUAAGCUUAGGUAUAAUUGGAUUCCAGCAUAUUUUCAAGACUGGGAAAUGUCAGGACUUAUGAGGACAUCAUCUAGGUCUGUAAGUGAAAAUCACAUGUUUCAGCAACUGAUGAAGUCGUCUUCCACUUUGAUUGAGUUUUAUACUCAUUUUGAUACCGCUAUGCAAAGUCAAAGAUGGGUUCAAUAUGAAAAUGAUCAAAAAUCGAUGUAUACCACCCUUGAUCUGACUUUUUCCAUAACUGAUACAAGUGUCAAAUCAUGUGAUAUUGAUGACUCUAUUGACAGAGAUGCAAAUCCUAACUAUUUUGAUGAACUUGUUCAGCGUCAUAGCCAGGUUACUUCCAAUUCUGAAGAUAAAGUAGUAACGUGUUCGUGCAAAAAGUUUGAACGAUGUGGGCUUUUUUGCAAACAUAUUUACUAUGUUUUGAGAUUAUGUGGAGUGGAAGAAAUACCAAAUGAGUAUAUAACAAAGAGAUGGACGAAGUGUGUUGUACCUCGACGAAGAAUUAGCAAAUUGAAUUUGUUGCCAAAUCAAAAGAAUGAAUUGAAGCCUAUUUUACUUGAUAUUUUCAGGAAUGUAGAUGCUUGUGUAAAUAGGUAUUUGGCUGACCCAGCAAAACUUGCUCAAUUUAGAGACACUUUGGAAGAGUUGAAAAAGAAAGCUGAUGUUGAUAUGGGCUCUAAGCCUCCAAUGGGUUCAAAAGAAUUUAUGGCUGCAAUGACUGGACUGCCUCAACCUUCUUCAAAUGAAGUAACUAAUCCACGAAAUAUACGAAAUAAAGGUUGUGGAACAAAAAGAAGGCUCAAGAGUGACCGAGAAGAGGCUAUAUUGAAAGAAAAUAAUUGGAGAAAUUGUGCAUACCGCAAAUCUCUACAGCAACAUGAUAUUCAAACUUGUCCGAUCAGAAUUGAGGCUGAGAAGUUAGAAAAGGAGAAACUAGAAAAAAAAUGA